GGGCGCUGCUCCGCGUCCGCCACCCGCCUCCGCGCCCGGCUCUCCGCUCCGCUCCGCGCGCCCGGGCCAUGGCGACCUGCGUGCGGCUGCCGCGCUGCGGGGCCCCGCGCCUCCGACCCGCGCUCCUCGGCCCCCGCGCCGGCGGCGGGGCGCCCGGGCCGGGCCCGCUCCGGACCUACGCGCCGGGCCUCCCCGCGGCGCUGCUGCGCACCGACUCCUUCGUGGGCGGCCGCUGGGUCCCCGCCGCCGCCGCCUUCCCCGUGCGCGACCCGGCCAGCGGCGCCGAGCUGGGCCGGGUGGCCGACUGCGGGGCGCCCGAGGCCCGCGCCGCCGUGCGCGCCGCCCACGACGCCUUCCGCGGCUGGAAGGGCGCCCUGGCCAAGGAACGGAGCGCGUUGCUUCGGAAAUGGUAUGACCUGAUGAUGCAACACAAGGACGACCUGGCCAGGAUCAUCACAGCCGAGAGCGGGAAGCCGCUGAAGGAGGCGCAGGGGGAGGUUCUGUACUCCGCCCAGUUCCUGGAGUGGUUUUCGGAGGAAGCGCGCCGCAUCUACGGGGACGUCAUCAGCACCGCCUCCCGGGAGAAGCGGGCCCUGGUGCUCAAGCAGCCGGUCGGAGUGGCCGCCGUCAUCACCCCGUGGAACUUCCCCAGCGCCAUGAUCACCCGCAAGGUGGGGGCCGCCCUGGCCGCCGGCUGCACCGUCGUGGUCAAACCUGCCGAAGACACGCCCUUCUCAGCCCUGGCGCUGGCCGAGCUCGCCAACCAGGCUGGGAUCCCCCCCGGGGCCUACAACGUGGUGCCCUGCUCCCGGAGGAGGGCCCAGGAGGUGGGGGAGGCGCUUUGCACCGACCCGCUCGUGUCCAAGAUUUCCUUCACCGGCUCCACGGCCACCGGGAAGGCGCUGCUGCACCAUGCGGCCAACUCCGUGAAGAGGGUGUCCAUGGAGCUGGGCGGCCUCGCCCCGUUCAUCGUGUUUGACAGCGCCAACGUGGACCAGGCCGUGGCGGGGGCCAUGGCCUCGAAAUUCAGGAACUCGGGACAGACCUGUGUGUGCUCCAACCGGUUCCUGGUGCAGAGCGGGAUCCACGACGCCUUCGUGAGCAAGCUGGCGGAGGCGAUGCGGGCCAGCCUGCGUGUGGGGAACGGGUUUGAGGAAGGGACGACUCAAGGCCCGCUGAUCAACGAGAAGGCGGUGGAAAAGGUGGAGACGCACGUGAGCGACGCACUGGCCAAAGGGGCCACCCUCGUGACCGGCGGGAAGCGGCACCAACUUGGGAACAACUUCUUUGAGCCCACGCUGCUCAGCAACGUCACGCGGGACAUGCUCUGCGCGCGGGAGGAGACCUUCGGGCCCCUGGCCCCGGUCAUCAAGUUCCACACGGAGGAGGAGGCGCUGGUGAUCGCGAAUGCGGCCGACGUGGGGUUAGCAGGCUACUUCUACUCCCAGGACCCCGCCCAGAUCUGGCGGGUGGCGGAGCAGCUGGAGGUGGGCAUGGUGGGUGUCAACGAAGGGCUGCUCUCGGCCGUGGAGUGCCCGUUUGGUGGCGUGAAGCAGUCAGGCCUCGGACGCGAGGGCUCCAAGUACGGCAUCGACGAGUACCUGGAGGUCAAGUACGUGUGCCUCGGCGGCUUGUAGGGUCCGUGUGCUUUAGGAAAUAAAGGAGCUCGCCUGCGCCCGUGGCACACGCCACCUGUCAAUGCACCCACAGGCGUCUGAACUACAGUAGCUUCUCUAGUCUCCUCACCCGAGGGUAUUGUCCAUUGAGUUUUAGAGAGUGGAAGGGGGAGAAACAUUGAUGUGAGAGAGACAUUGAUUGGUUGCCUCCCGCACGAGCCCUCACCUGGGCUGGGGAUCAACCUGCAACCCAGGGGCAGGCCCUGGACCUAGAAUCAAACCCUUGACCCUUUGGUCUGCUGGCGGGCACCUUAACCACCGAGCAGAACCCUAACCACUGAGCAGAACCCUAACUACCGAGCCAAACCCUAACCACUGAACCAAACCCUAACCACCGAGCCGAACCCGCUUUUAAAACUUUACCAAGUUUUUAAAGCUCAUCCAGACCUCCUCAUCUUAAACAGGUGGGACUCUGCCUCUCCCCUUACCUAACUAGGGACAUCAGGUGCCACAUGCCUGUGGCUACAGACUCCCCGCGACCCGCCACGGACUGUCUGCCUCUAGCAAAGGGCAGCAGGCAGCAAGCUGGCCCGGUGGCCCCUCCCAAGGCUGGUGACCUCUGGGCGUGACUCCGCCCCCCGCACGUGGCUCAGAGCUUAGACCAGAGGAGAGGGGCCCGGUGUUACCCGCCGUAUGUGUGUGCGUGCAUAUGUACGUACGUGUUCACAGCCCAGCGCUAAGAACGGUUUUCAUAUUCCCAAAUGGGGGAGGGAACAAUACUGUUUCAUGACACGAAAAUUUUAUGAAACUCAGACUUAGCGUCUGUAAAUACAAGGUUAUUGGAACACGGCCACAGCCCUGAACCUGCCAGAGGGGCUGUGGCUACUCUCCUGGCCGAGCCGAGUGCCUGUCACAGGGACAGUGCGGCCCCGAAGCCUGAGACACAAACUCUGGCUCUUAGAGAAUGUCCUGCCCUGCCCUGGGCCCGGAGGGAGGGACUGUCCCAGCCCUGACCUCGACCCCGAGGGAGGGACUUUCCCAGCCCUGACCUAGACCCCAAGGGAGGGACCCAGCCCCUGACUGACCUCGACCCCGAGCGGGCGAGGGACUGACCUGCCUGCGAUUGUCGGUUACUCGUGGCGAGCGCCCGCCUGUAACGGUAUCCUCUGUGCUGUGCCCAGUGAGUUCUCCCGAGAACUCCCCGCAGUUAUCACGUAACUCAAAGGAAAAGUAAACGGCAAUACAAACGGCCCCAAAUCCUUAAAAAAGCAGCAUGUGUCUCCGACACGUAAGCCCUGCGGCUGGAGGCCUGCCCUCGUCCACUGUCCUCCUAAGAGGACGCCGGAGCCGGGCAAACGGUCUCCCACAUUUGCGUAUGAGGCCUUCGUGCGGUUGACGGGUGUUUCCGGAGCCCGGGAUUGAAGGUAAAUUAUUUCCCACAUUCCAGUGUCCACAAGGCCCUUAUCCAGUGUGAAUUCUCCGGUGUUUAAUGCGGCUAGAGCUACGGCUAAAAGAUUGCCUGUCUCCCCGGCCCCAGGGUCCUGUAUAAAUGUCGUUCGCAGGUUUACACAUCCCUACAGUUCUCAGCCUUGAGGACGCACAUUCCCCACUGAGCUCCCUCCCCCCUCCCCCCGCACCUCCAUGCAGAGUCCUCACCUGGAGAGCUCAGCUGCUCCUUGAUCCUCACCCCUGUGAGUGGCUUUUAACUACGAAUUUGUGCCAAGUGUUCGUUCUCCUUCCCUGCCCACCUUUCCUGGUGGGGAGACCCGUGAGGGCAGAAGCACAGCAGCUCAGCCGGCCUCACUGGGAGCGCACUGUCCGUGCAGUAACCGGCCAUCGUGGUAACGACGUGGUGCGCGUGGCCGGGGCAGCCUUUCACUGGCUCAUGUCUGUGCUGCGACUUCCUCGUGCUCUGUGUUGUGGGAUGAAACGGGAGUUCGUGGGAACUGUGCGGACGGUCUGUUUUUCAGCUCCUGUCUCCCGGUUUGUGCAGCUGUCAUUAAUAAAUGUGAAUUAACAACU